CAGAAAGAGGGCUUGGUUCAGUAAAGCUUCAUCCACAUAAUAUCCCAGGCUGCCAUUGGAGAGCCCGUUGGCGAGAGCGAGCAGGACGCAGACGCAGGAGAUAUCGCAGGAAGGCGCCCGACGAACGCAGUGUCCAUCACUUCAGCUGAUCUAACCAGACAGCCUAUGUUGGAGGCAGUUAUUUAACAUUUAACUUCGUUAAAAAAAAUAUUAAAGAAGGCGAGAAAAUGGGACAUACCGCAAUGCCUAUAUUAAUGGCUGUAUUGUCCUACUGCGUGCUGGAAAACGUCGAGGCUCUGGCCAUGACCGAGGUGAACGGGCCAGACCCACAAGGCGCUGAGCCACAGAUUGCCAUGUUUUGCGGCCGUCAGCUCCUGCACAUGAAUCUACAGACUGGCCAGUGGGAGCCGGAUCCUCAGGGCCGCCAGGGCUGCUUCAAAGAGCCUGGCGAAAUCCUGUCCUAUUGUCAGGAGAUGUACCCAGCACUUCCGAUUUCCCAUAUAGAGGAGUCAAAAAGACCUGUCACCAUCCCCGCCUGGUGUAAGAAAGGUUGGGGCCACUGCCAGCCACACCCCUUCAUAGUGCUUCCCUACCGCUGUCUAGAGGGCGAGUAUGUGAGCGAGGCCCUGCUGGUGCCUGACCGCUGCCGUUUCCUCCACCAGGAGCAGAUGGAUGCCUGCAAGAGUUACGUGUACUGGCAAAACAUUGCUAAGGAGGAAUGCACUGCAGACAAUCUGGAGCUCCACAGCUAUGGUAUGCUGUUGCCAUGUGGAGAUCAUUUCCGAGGAGUGGAGUAUGUGUGCUGCCCAGGCCGAGGGAGUUCCAACGGUAAAGGAGAGAUGGAGGAAAGAGACGUCCCCGCUGCACCUCAGACAUUCACGUCCCAGACCAGUGGAAAACUAAAUUCUGUAACCAAAGUGACAGCCCCCACUCCUAGCCCCUCUCCUGACACUGAUGCGGACGAAGCCGAUAUGGAAGUGGAGGACGAUGAUGUGGUUGAGGAGGAAGAGGAGGAGGAAGAUGUGGAGGAGGAGGAGGAGGAGGAGGAGGAGGAGGAAGAAGAUGUUGAUGAGGAAGAGGCAGAAGAAGAGGAAGAGGAGGCAGUAGCUGUGAAAGGUCCAGAAGAGUAUGAUGAAUACCCCAUCGACUCAGGUCCCUACCAAACAUCUGACUAUAUGGACACUUUCUUUUACGAGAAAAGCCAGAAACCCACCACUUCUACACCUCUGAUGAAGGGAGAGAGCUUGACAAAACCCAGGCCUACAGAUGGCGUUGAUGUUUAUUUUGAGAAGCCAGUGGAUGACACUGAGCAUGCCAACUUCCUGCGUGCCAAAACAGACCUGGAGGAACGCAGAAUGAAGCGCAUCAAUGAGAUCAUGAAGGAAUGGGCAGAGGCAGACAACCAGUCAAAGAGUCUUCCUAAAUUAGAGCGACAGGCCCUGAAUGAACACUUUCAGUCUGUGCUGCAGACGCUGGAGGAACAGGUCGCUGGGGAGAGGCAGAGACUGGUGGAGACUCAUCUUGCCAGAGUGGAGGCCAUACUCAACAAUAACCGCCGCCUGGCCCUGGAGAACUACCUUACUGCCGUACAGUCUGACCCCCCUCAGCCAGAGCGUGUGCUGCAGGCUCUGAAGCGAUACAUGGCAGCAGAGCAGAAGGACCGCAGACAUACACUCAGGCAUUACCAGCAUAUUGUGGCUGUCGACCCCCAGAAGGCUGAGCAGAUGAAAUUCCAGGUGUACACACAUCUCCAUGUAAUUGAGGAGAGGAUGAACCAGAGUCUUGCAUUGUUGUACAAGGAUCCUACCUUGGUUGACGAGCUACAUGAUGAUAUACAGGAACUGGUUAAGGCCGAAAGAGGAGACAUCAGUGAGCUCAUGACUACCUCCUUCUCCGAGACCCGCACCACUGAGGAGCUUCUGCCGGCUGAGAGCGAAGAGGAAAAGGAUGAUGAGGAGGAAGAGGAGCGAGCCUUCCAGAACAGGCCUUAUCCUCCCCACAUUGAACCGAAGUCUAACAAGAAAGUGUCUGCAGUAGAAGAAUAUGAUUAUACCACAUCUGAGAGAGGCCCCACAUACGAAUAUGAGGAAAAGAUCAACACCUCUGUGGAGCUCAAGCAGGUAGUCAACAAGCCUCCUGAGAUCGAGCGAGAUGAACUGCAACCCGAUGCUUUGGAGACGUUUAAUCGUGGCGCAAUGGUGGGGUUGCUCGUGGUGGCCGUGGCGAUCGCCAUGGUGAUGGUAAUCAGCCUGCUGCUGGUGCGCAGGAAGCCAUACGGAACAAUCAGUCAUGGCAUCGUAGAGCAGGUUGACCCCAUGCUGACACCAGAAGAACGACAGCUCAACAAAAUGCAAAACCAUGGCUAUGAAAACCCUACCUACAAAUUCUUUGAACAGAUGAACUGAGGUACUGGGGUUAUUAACAAGUCAUGCCUGACCACUUGUUUUGUCCCACCCCUCCCCCCACUCUUCCUUACAGUGGUGUCCCAGCUACACACACUCCCUUUGACGGAUUUUUGAUGCAUUGCUAACAAAGUAUCUGAACAAGUGCAGGAUACGUCCCAAACCCUUUGUAAAUGACCAACAACAAGCUAUCAUCAAUACUAGAAUGUGAAUAAUGAGAUAUGAUAGAAACUCACAUCACCUAUUGUAAUCUAACACCCCUCCUCGUUAGAGUUUGAGGAAUUCCAUUAGCAGUUACACAGCAUUUCAUAAUCCUCAAAUACACUCAUCUCAUAGACAGGAAAACCAUCCCAGUGGCAUGACUUGACCUACUGCUCCUCACUAGAAACUGAAGUUGAAUGGUGCAUAAUGCUUUAUAGUAGGCCUAUUUAUUUUUAAGUAGUAGUCUCUUAUGUUAAAAAUGUACCACAGUUAGAUAUAAUGUAUCUGUGUGUGAGUGACAGCCUAGUUAAAUUAUGCUUUAAGUCUAGAUUUGAAACUCACUCAGUGAUAUUGGGGCAUUUACUAAGCUAAUUGUCAAACUAUCCAUGAGCUACUUUAACAUUGGACAAUUCCUGUCAUGAACAAACGAAAUGAACGUUACAUGAGGACUUGGAGGUUUUUACUUUGAAUGUGCGAGACAUUAAGGCUGUAAUUUCAAAACAUAAAAGGCCAAAAAGACCACACUAGUCGAUACAGAACUAUGUGUUGGUGGUACAAAAAAAAGUUGUUUUUUUUUUUUUGCUUUUUCCAACUCUGAGGAUCUACCCUUAAACGUAUUCUAAAUGAUUUGGCAAAAUAUACCAAAUAUUCCAUUUAGAUAAUUUAGUCAGUGAAUUAUUUUAUUUAUUUGUACUGCUGCCUAAAGAACUGUAAAACAGAAUAAUCAGAAGUCCGUUAUUUUAAUGAAAGCAUGACAACUUGGUGUAUGAUACUGCUGUAUUUAUUUGUGUUGUUCUUGUCAUUGCUUUUGAGAAGUCGGAAAUGUCACCGUACAAAAUUGACACUGUAAAUAACGUAAGAAAUACAUACUACUAGAUGUAGACAUUUCUAUGAUUAAUUUGCAUCGAUGUAAUGGAAUAUUACAUAAAAAAAGUAAAUUGUGCUGUUACGAGAAGGAGAAUCAUAUUUCCUAACAUGGCUGAUUGAAAACGGACUGUUGUAAAAACCAGCACAAGACAACGACAAAGUAACUUCUUUCUGAAUGUAUUUAAGGUAGACGUUGAGUUUCCAUCAUAUUUUCAGUAAUGCAUCAUUCCCCUAGUAGACCUUUUUAGGAGUAGUGAAGUUUAACACAUCCAACAGAAAGACUACAUGCCUGAUGCCCUUCAACACUUUCUGUAGCUGCCUGAUAAUUUUCACCUUUAGCGGGUGAGUCACAGAGCAGAGGAACUAAAGCUUGCGUGCUAUACAUGUACAGAGCAGCGGAGUGUAAAGAGGCCACAGCUAUAGUAAUGUGAAGUGUCACAGUGUGUGAUAAAUCCCCAAAAACAACACAUUUAGGCAUGGUAGAAGAAAAACAUGCUGUAUGUCUUUAAAUCCAGUUUGACUGAUUUGGAUUCAACAACAUUGAAUGUUAGUACUUUAUAGAUGCUAUAUUUAAGUUACUCUCUUCUUAAAUCGCUUUUCACUGAAUGACUCAUUGUAGUUUGUCAUAUUUAUGAUCAACAUAGUACCCUGUAUAGGUAAGUAAGAAAAGGGACUGCCCCUUUUAUCUGGCUGAUUGUUAACUGCUUAGUGAGUCAGGUUGAAUUUCCUUUAGCCACUUCAUUCAGACCAACUUGUUCAAGGAACAUUGUGGGAUGUUGCUUUUUUUCCCCUUCAGUCUUUAACUGUCCUAUAGAAGAGAUCAUUAAUACUAAAAUCAGUUUAUACACUUUCUGAUCAACACUUUUCUUUCAAAACCUGCAAAUCUUGUCCAUUCAGGGGAAAAGUAGUUUACUUAUAGGUUGUUUUUUUGUGUAAAGUUUGCUUUUGAAAUAAGCAAGAUGAGUUUGACUAUCAGAGUAAUGGUUUGUUUAGCAUUAAUCUCUUUGGUCAGGUUAAUUGCAAGUUGUGGUUGAGAUAUGACAGGUGAAGACAAGUCAUAGCCCUUGUAUAAUUUGUACAGCUACGUUAGUGAAUGAAAACGUUGUAUGUUCACAGUUUAAGUCAUUUGAUCUUGUAAUGAUACUACUGAAACAAUAGAUGAGAAUAAGCUUGCCUGUGUUUCCCAAACCACUGAAGGUUUCCUACCAGCAUUUAGCAGACUUAGAAUGGUGUAUACUGUAGUUACUCAAAACACAUUUGUAUGUACAUCCUCUGUCAAACUCUAGACUUCUUUGUUUGUCUGUCCCCUUACUUCCCAACGAAAUAUAAACAAUGUUAUUGAGAUUUUAAUUGCUGCAUUAUUGCCUUUUACAAUGCUGUGUUUUGGAUGUAAUUAUUCUGUAUUUUUUAUUUCUAUGUAAUAAUCAGUUGGAUCAUGGGUCAUGCUUUUCACCUGUAAUGCAAAUUUAAAAGCUUGUUUAAGAAAACAUUGACAAGUUUAUAAUGUUCAGAAAUGUGAAAUAUAUAUAGACAUAUGACCUCUGCCUAAUUGACAAGGAGAGGCACUAAGCACAAGUAGAACCAAAUUACUUAAUUUGUGUAAAGGUUGCUAAAUGUUAGACAUUGAUCCUGUAUCUCUGAUUUCAAUUAUAACGCAUUGAUUCUUGGGAUGUUGAUAGCACCAUUGAGAGAGCUGUUCUUCAUUUUCAUUCAGAUCUUUAACCAAAGACAUGCUCCACAAAUCAGCAGACAGAUAUUCCUAUUUGGCAAAAUGUUCUCUGUUGUGUAACUGUAUUUGCAAGCAAUCUGAGAAACUAAUAACUGGUCAAGAAAAAUGAAUAGUGUAAUAAAAAUGAAUGACCCAUAAA